AUGAGUCGGUCUCCUUCCUUUAAAGUCAAAGAAGAACUUAGUCCUAGUCAUGAUCUUGAGUCUUUACAGAGAUGGAUUGUUGCCUUUUGUGCUAUAAGGUUUGAUCUUGAACAAGGCCAGCUUGUAGAAGUAUGUUAUCCGCCUGGCUCUCUUACAAAUGAUGAGGAGCUGGAGAUUGCAUACAGUUCAUUCCCGGAUUCCAUUUCCCAGCAACAAAACCGCCCGAGCAUUCAUGACUGUAUCUUCUUUUUCCGAUUUCGUAGGCACCUUAAAUCUCAAUCUAGCAAUGCCACUCAUUCUGAGAUAACCGAACUUGACAAGGAGUUUUCUCCUCAGGCCAUAGAUAAAAAUAAUGUUGGUAAAGAAUUAUCCAUUACAAGUAGUGUUGAUGUUUCUAAAUACAUGUAUGGCUUUGUCUUUAAUAGACAGAGACACGAUGAGAGGCUAAAGCGAGGAGGGGAGCAGAAGUCUGUGGUCAUUUUGUCCCACAGUCCUUAUUCUAGUGUUUUUAGACCUUUAUUACAAAUUAUAGGUCCCUUAUAUUUUGACAUUGGUAAGGUAGCACUAGAGCAUAUUGCUGCUUAUGUUUCAACAUGGCCUGCUCCUGUUCCUGGAAAGCUAAUGGGUCUUCCUAUUGGGAAUGAAACUCUUAAAGUGAACUUGCCACCUGCACACAGCUUGCCCAUGGAAAAUGGAUUAUCUAUUGAUGAGUCUGCUUCUCCUGUGGCACCUUUACUUCCUAAUAAUCAGUCUAUUCCGCAGGGCCUUUUUCAUGAUGCAGAUAUUUUUGGUGCUUUCCGUGGCAUUUUAUUACAGCUUUGGUUGUUAUGGGAGUUGUUACUCAUUGGUGAACCAAUUCUUGUCAUUGCACCAACCCCUCCCCAGUGUUGCGAGGCUGUUGCCAGUCUUGUGAGUUUGGUUGCACCAUUACUUUGCAGUGUUGACUUCCGGCCAUAUUUUACCAUUCAUGAUCCUGAGUUUGCACAGUUGAACUCAAUUCAGGAAGGGGAAACCUUCCCCCCAAUGGUUUUAGGAGUGACAAAUCUUUUCUUCCUUAAGGCUUUCCGUAACAUUCCCCAUAUUGUUUCAGUUGGAAGUCCCCAUCCUGGUUCAAAUAGGGUUGCCCUUUCAACUAGAUCUUCCACUGGCAGAGUUUCUAGUAGACCUGAAGGUGGGCUUCAACAACAUUCCCUACAGAAGUUUUCUCCUUCAAGUUUAUUGAAUGCGAUGAAGCUACGGAGAGAUGGUCCUCUGUGUCUCAUGACAGAACAUAAGGAGGCCAUUUGGACUACACAUCCUGCCACAACUAAGCCAGACACCUCUAUUUUAAAUAGGCUUAUAGAUGCUGGCAUGUCACCAAGAGUUGAGGAAUCAAUGUCAGUUGUUAACAAUGAGAUAUUACGGCGACAUUUCUUGGAGCUUACAACUAAUUUCUUGGCCCCUUUUGGUCCAUAUUUUAGGAUUACAGCUCCAUUGGAAGGAUCUUCUCCUUAUGCUGAUCCUCCUUCUUUGCCUCCAUUUAGUGCUGAUGAAUUCCUUUCAUGUUUAUCAGCCAGAGGUCCAGGGAAGUUCAUUUUGAAGAGAAUGAAGUCUAAUUGGCUCAACUUCUACAGGCGGUUCCUGAACGGACCCAAUUUCAUGCCUUGGUUUCAGAGGAGGCGUGCUGUAGCCGAACGUGAACAAGAUAGAUUGUGGAGGCAUGCAAGAAUGAAAGCUGAUAUAGGACAGCUUAUAUCUAAAAUGUCUGAGUUGGAAAUUGUGGAUUCCUUUAAUGUUAUAGAGAAACUUCUACACACAGAGUUACAGCUGCAGCAACCUGGAAAUGGAAGUAUUGAUUCUAGAGAAACUUGUGAGAAACUAAAGAGAGAUCUUCAAGCAGUUUUCAAUGCACUUACCAAAGAUAUGCAACAACUUAUGCUUUCAAAUCCAGAAAGGGCAUCCCUUCUGCAAAGUAUUGCGAAUUGA